CAGCGACGUCGACCAGUUUUUUACCUUGUAAUCGAAUUGGCGAGUAUGCCACAAGAAUCACUGAUAACUCCGCAACUUGCUGAUUUUUUCGAACAAAUGCUUGAAACUAUUCCAGAAAAUUAUGUCAACUCAUCUGUGAAUGUGGCAAAAGUAGAUGAUGCUGAAGAUGCUGCCGACUCGGACGUGCCAAUCGUUGAAAUUGAUACUUCUGCAAUCCCGCUGGAUGUUUUAUUCCAUUUGAUUGUGCAAUCUUCAACCAUUCGUUUUGAGGGGCAGCAGCAGCGAACAGCAGCAGCUGAUUGCCUCCUUAAACUGCCAUCACUGACACUUAUGGCAUCGACACGACCGUUGUGUGAGAGUACGAACGGUGAUGAUGGUGAAACUGCUGGAGGAGGAAUACAUCUGGCAGCAACUUUAAGCGCUUUCUCACUGAAUAUCUACAGUCCACAUCAGGUCUGCUUCAAAAACUUGUAA